AUGACCUAUAAUACUCGCUCGCGCACUCGCGCUAGAGCCAGCUCAGUUUCUACCCCCGCAAGUGAAAAAAACGCACCGGUGAGAGACGACUACGGAAACUUUAUUGUUAAUAUUAUGACCUUAGCUCAAAAAGCAGCGCAGGGUUCCAGCUCAGCAGCCGGAACCCAAGCGCCUGUCGAAUCUCCAUUGACCUCAGUGGAAGGGUCCCCCGGGACCGAAAUGGAGAGUCCGUCCGCACUGAGACCAACUCGCUCGUACAGCGACGUGGUCCGUGCGAGUAGCCCUGGGAGUGACCAAACGGUCGCCCAGGAGAGUACAUUAUGGCCUAAGCCAAUGUUUAGUCCAGUGGGCGGUAAUAAUAAUAAUGAACUUGCGGAAAGCGGGGACAAGCACGUCAGAAAUGACAUGGCUAAGGAACCUGAGCUCACCAGCAGUGACGAGGACGAUGACGAUCGUCCUUGGAUCCAAGUCUCCCGAAGAGGGAGAGACCGGGCCAAGACACCUGAAGGGCUCUCGAGAGAGUCAUUAAGAACUUCGACUAGGCAUGAAACUAACAUUAGUAGUCUGAACACACCCGCCAUGAGGGAAACGGACCUUGACAUUGAAGAGCAACAAGCCGCUCUAGAAUCUUUCAAAACGGCGAAAGAGAUCGCUAGUCAGACAGAAUCAUCUUCGGAAAAAGAAUCACACCCACCCAAUAAAGGGCCGGAGCCCACUAUGUGGUACCGAGAUGUCUUCGAACAAGCCGCACGUGAGCAACGAGCGGUUGACCAAGCCGUAAGAGUGACGGAGAAUCGUCUAAGGAAGGAAUAUGACCUGAAAUUAAAAAAGGUGUUAGCAGAAAUACAACCUUCCAAUCACAAAGUGCCGUCACAAAAGACACGAGAAAGGGCUGAUAACCCUGUGGAAAAACUGGUCCAAAAAGUGGUAAAUCCGGAGACCAGUCGAAAAGAAAGAAAACGAACGCCUGACGUGAUGGAACCUGUACGUCAGGUAGCGCCAAAAUCUUAUAUUGGACAGGCGUUAGGGCGUCUUGGGAGAGAGCGGGGCGAUGAGGAUAGCUCAGAUUUGUCUAGCUCGAGCUCAGAUUUGAGCUCUUCCGGAUCAUCGAGUUCCUCGAGCUCUAGCGAGGAGAAUGACCGGAGGCGAUGUAAAAAGCCCUUGAAAAAACAGUCAAGGAGCAAAAAGACCACUUUGAAACCGAUAGCACCUACUGCGUAUGAUGGAGCAGUGGACUCUCUCGCGUUCCACCGGUUCAUCACGGAAGGAAUGGCAUAUGUGAAAGACGGACGAGUAAAGUCCAAGAAGAGGGUGUUUGUGCUGUCACACUACCUUAAAGGAAAAGCCCAUGAGUUUUACAUACGCGAGGUGUCUGGAGACCCUUACCGUUGGAGACUGCGAGAGUUCUUCACCGAAAUGUUCAACUACUGCUUCCCUAUCAACUUUAGGACGAAGCAGCAUGAGAAACUUAAGAGGUGUUUCCAGAACGAUAAGUCAGUAAGAGACUACGUGUAUGAGCUCAACGAGCUCUGGAACAUGAUCGGUGAUGUUGAUGACCGGGACAGAGUGUCUCGGUUAUGGACUGGCUUGUCCGCUGAAAUCCAAUGGGAACUCUGGAAAAAGGAGUUGAACCCAGAGGUGUCUACCUUCAAAGAGGUUCAGGCCGUGGCCAAGAUAAUCGAGAUCGCUCAUUUGGUUCCAAUGGGGAGGGAGAAAUGUCCCACCCAAAAGGACAAACCUGCCACUGUUGAGGUGUCAAGCGUGACGACCAUGGGCAGAACGCCAAGAACCAAGGGAACUGGCUUCCUCCCCAGGAGGAGCAGAGACAGACGUCCUAAUCCCCACAAUAAAUCGAAGGGACAGAGGCCAUAUCAGGGCGGGAGCAUGCCCAAGGGAACGGGGAGGAUCCAACCGGGUGGCAGUAUUAGCCUGGAGGAACGAGAGCGCCGUAAAACGGAAGGACGCUGUUUCAUCUGUGGGGAGUUAGGGCAUGUUUCACGACAAUGCCCAAGGAACACUCACAUUAAAUCAGAAUUCCCCGGAAAACCGCCAGGAAUACCCAGUUUUGGGAUACACAUUGGACCUAGUGACGAGGAAUGA